CCGGGCGCUGAGGUGCCGGCCGGCGCAGGCGCAGUAGCGGCGCUACCCCGCGCGCGAGAGAGAAAAGGCGGAGCGAGCGCUCCUCUGCCGGGCCCCGGCCUGCCCCCUCCCCUCUCCUCGCCGCUCAGUCCCGGCCUGCGCUUCGCCUCGCCCGCCUCACGUCGCGCCCCGGCCCUUCGCCGCCGCCGCCGCCAUGGAGUGCCCUCACCUCGGCGCCAGCGUCUGCCUGGCGCCCGACUCGGCCAAGUUCCCUCAGGGCUCGCCCUCCUCGUGGUGCUGCAGCGUGUGCCGGUCUAAUAAAAGUCCUUGGAUCUGCCUGACUUGUUCAAGUGUCCACUGUGGAAGAUAUGUGAAUGGGCAUGCAAAGAAACAUUAUGAAGAGGCCCAAGUUUCAUUAGCUAAUCACAAGAAAACUGAAAAGCAAGAGAAGAUUCAACACACAGUGUGCAUGGAUUGCAGUAGUUACAGUACAUACUGUUAUCGCUGUGAUGACUUCGUAGUCAAUGAUACCAAGCUUGGCCUGGUACAGAAAGUCCGAGAGCACCUCCAAAAUUUGGAAAAUUCAGCUUUUGCAGCAGACCGACAGAGGAAAAGAAAACUUCUGGAAGACUCCUCCCUAAACAGCAAAUUGUUAAAAAUAAAUGGAAGCACCACAGCCCUGUGUGCUACAGGCCUUCGGAAUCUGGGUAACACAUGUUUCAUGAAUGCGAUUCUUCAGUCACUCAGUAACAUUCAGCAGUUCUGUUGCUACUUCAAAGAAUUGCCGGCUGUGGAGCUUCGGAAUGGGAAGACUGCAGGCCGGAGAACUUACCAUACUCGAAGCCAAGGGGAUAACAGCAUUUCAUUGGUAGAAGAGUUUCGGAAGACUCUGUGUGCUUUGUGGCAAGGGAGUCAAACAGCGUUCAGCCCUGAAUCAUUGUUUUAUGUUGUUUGGAAAAUCAUGCCAAACUUUAGGGGCUACCAGCAGCAAGAUGCCCAUGAAUUCAUGCGUUACCUUUUGGACCAUCUGCACUUGGAACUCCAAGGAGGCUUCAAUGGUGUUUCCCGCUCAGUCAUCUUGCAAGAGAAUUCGGGUCUUUCUGGUGGCAGUAGAUGCUGCAUAAAUGGCACGUCUACUGUUGUCACAGCCAUCUUUGGAGGCAUUCUGCAGAAUGAAGUCAACUGCUUGAUAUGUGGGACUGAAUCCAGAAAGUUUGAUCCAUUCCUAGACCUUUCUCUAGAUAUUCCAAGUCACUUCCGAAAUAAACGUAAGAACCAAGAAAAUGGACCAAUGUGUACAUUACCAGAUUGUCUUCGCAGUUUUACAGACCUGGAAGAACUUGAUGAAACAGAGCUCUAUAUGUGCCACAAAUGUAAAAAGAAGCAAAAGUCCACCAAGAAAUUUUGGAUUCAGAAACUACCAAAGGUGCUGUGCUUACAUCUAAAACGCUUUCACUGGACAGCUUAUCUGAGGAACAAAGUGGACACGUAUGUUGAGUUUCCCCUGAGAGGCCUAGACAUGAAAUGUUACUUGCUAGAGCCAGAAAACAGUGGUCCAGAAAGCUGUCUGUAUGACCUUGCAGCUGUGGUGGUGCACCACGGUUCAGGGGUUGGCUCUGGACAUUAUACAGCCUAUGCGACUCAUGAAGGCCGAUGGUUCCAUUUCAAUGACAGCACCGUGACGCUGACUGAUGAGGAGACGGUGGUGAAAGCCAAGGCUUACAUCCUCUUCUAUGUAGACCGGCAGGCCAAAUCAGCAUCUGAUAAACUUUAAUACCUCUUCCUGCCCUGUGCAUAUCAAGUCCAUCAGACAAAACAUUUCCAAUCCUCCACAGAUACUUGAUUCAAGACUCUUGAUUUCAUUGUGCACUUUUCAUUUUUUUUCUUGUGGGUUCUGGUUUUAUUUUGUCAGUAGUAGAGUAUUUGAUUUGUUAACAUGGACACAAGCUAACUGUUGUUAGUCAUACCAGGAAAAAAAAACCACCUCAUUUGCUACUUCAACCCAAUUUUUAUAUAUAGUUUCAAGAGCUACUUUAGUUGUUUGACUUUGUAUAUCAUUGUAUAUCAAUGUUGGAGUUUGCUUUCUGAAGGCACAUUUACAUCAAAGAAACUUGAAUCCUUCUAAUAAGCACAUUUGUGUAUCUAAUUAUGAAAUAGUCUGGAGGCUUUCAGCUGUCUGGGAAGGCUUUUUUUCUUAAGAUCAAGGACUUGUACCAAACACUUUAUGUGUGGACAGUUGUUUGGCUGCCUGUAAAAAGAAAAGGAGUGUAUGAAUUGUGGCCUCAUUCAACAGGCCAUGUAAUCGCUGCUACUCUUUGUCUAUGGAGGCUGCUUUCUUUCAAAAUUCUCUGUACUUUAGUAGCUGGCUUCAUUGUUUAUCAUAGGAAUUUGCUCCAUUUUUUCAUUUCUCCUUUAAAGCAAGAGGAAAGAUUAGUGUUCUACAGCGAUUAAGCUAUAAAAAAUCUGAGAAAAUUCAGGAUUUGCUAGUCUUUCCGUUAAGAUUAGAACUGUGUGUAUAAUCCAUCUCGUAAUACUAUCAUGCAUCCUUUUGUCUUGUGAUGCCUUGAAGGUAGAAUGGAAUAGGUAAAAUUGCCAUCCCUGUAUCAUGGAAGCAGCAGUCUUGGGUGACUGCAAAUGUAGAGACUAUAGUCUUCACUAGUAUUAAUAAUCCCUGUUGCAGCAUUGCAAUCCUGGGUUCCUUGUUGGCAUUUCUUUGCUCUGCAUCUUGUGGUUUGUUGCUGCAGAUUUGGUUUACAGUUGUAAGGAGCUCAGCCCAGCAGGGAUUUUGGCUCUCGCUGACUAGUUCAAAUGAACAGAAGGGUGCUCUCUUGCAACUCUGGCUAUUUUGAGGAGAGGCUGGCCCCCUCAGAUUGUGCCCAUGUGCUUUACACAUACUUGUUUGCUUUUUCACACACCCAAUAGGAAAUUAUAGCACCAUUUUGUAGUGCUAUGCUCACCCCAGGGUUUCAAAUUAGAGAAGAGAAUCAGGUCGCUGGAGUUUGUAAUGAACCUCAGUGAUGCCCAAAGGGUCCAUGGUAGGGUUAUGAUCAAGUUCCCUGGGAUUAUAACCCUGAAUUAGCAUCUUCUUAAGUGAGGAGGCAGAGCGAAAACAUCAGGUCACAUUAUGUGCUAUAUUUCCUCAGCACCAGCUCCUGCUGGAAUUAAGGAGGAAGCUUCAGAAAGUAAUGUAAAUGUGCCUUUCUUAAAAAUUGGCUAUGUUAAAUAGCUGGGUCUGGUUCUCAUUUCUCCCCUUUCUCUUCCACCUUUUGCCUCCCUCUUCCCCUCCUCCUUUUGUCAUGGUAUCUUUCCCCUGUGCGAAGACCUUCUUUCUUUUUGGAAUGUGGCAGUUGAAAUGCAAUGCACUUACUUGUUCCUGUUUUUGAAGCCGGCUGUGCGGUGGCUCAGGCAUGUCAGUUUGGACAAAGAAGCCUUUUCCUAAUUUAGCUCCACCCACCCCUGCAAACGCAAAUGUCUAAUCAGUGAGUUGUGGCAACACAAGUUAUUUCUCUUCCUGGUGGAGAUUUCCUUAUCCGCUGGAUUAUACUCAGUGAGUCGUGUCAAAGUGACAGAUUUGAAGCAGUCAAAGUGUGUACUGCGCCUGGAUUAGUAUUUUAUUUUUACCCUUGUUUGUAUAACCUGAGUCUAAAGGGGAGGGUGGGGGGACUUUUUCAGUUCUGCCACCUCAGCUGCCAGGUGUAGCACUGCCAGCCAGUGAGAGUUAUGGGCAGGAAUGUACAGCUGGUAAUAUAGGUAAGCACUAGAGAUGCUCUCUGAAAAAGCACUGGCUUAGUUCACGCUAGUUAUCAACACUUCCCAAUUAAAGGUUGCUCCCCUGUGUAGUUGUUAGGAGCCAUGCCCUGUCUUACCCCCCCCUCCACCCACCCCAUUUCCUGCAAGAUGAAGCCUGUCUGCUUCACAAAUGGUCCACCACCACCACCCCAAAGGUGCUCUGCCUAGGAAGUUCUGUUGAUGGACCAGAGUGUUUCCAUUCCACAGACAAAAGGAUUAGGCAACUAAGACCCAACUACAAAGGUAAGAGGCAGUCAGACUUUCAGGCACUUGUGGUGACUGGUUGGAAAUGGCAGUGUGGGGCUUUUCUCUCCUCCCCCCCCCCCCCGUUCUCUCUCUUUCACUCUCUCGCUCUCACUGGAGUGGUGAUAUGCAUCUUGAAUACCCUUUGGUGCCUGCGUGCAUGAGAGGGGCCUUGGGGUUCUAGUGCCAUAGCUGUGAUUGUUUGCCAUUAAAAUAUUGUGUGUAAUCCUCGGUGAGGACUGUUGAGCAUUUCGGAAGGGGAUUGUUGGCCACAAUUCAAAUUCCUUCAUAGAACAUAUUCCUCUGAAAGAUUUGCCAUUAAAGUCUUUUCCCUCUGUG